UUAGCUAGUAGCACCGAUCAACAAGUCACAGUCGGAAUAAAAUCGUACUCGCGAGUGGACGUGGAAAAAACUCCUGUGGAACGAAACGAAACUGUUAACUGAAAACUGAAUACGCGCAUAUAAGAGCACUUGCUAUUACUUUAUUAUUACUCGAACGUACCGUUUCUUGUUGUUGUAACUAUAUUUAAUAUUAAGAGUGACGUCAAGGGGAACGAACGGUUGAAGUGCUCUGCCUGGCCUGGCGCGUGUUACCUAUAAACAGUGGGUUUGUGUGUGUGCGUGUGCGUAGUACAGGAAUUGGCAAAUAAGAUAAACAUUGCAAAGAACAGAGGACAAGAGGAUGUCCAGCAACUUGCAAACGGCAACCCUUGAGGAAAUUCGCCAUGCGGCAGCACGCAUCUGUCGGGACUAUCUAACCGGUCGCUGGAAGGUCGUAACCCCCGAAUCUUUGGUGGUGAAACGCAUCAGUGGCGGUCUUUCAAACUUUUUGUAUUACGUGAGUCUGCCCGAUUCGGAUGCGGAUGAGAAUGAGAACGAAGAGCAGGGACUGUUGGAGCAGCAGGCGAAUGGCCAUGUUGCCAAAGACAACGUCAUAGUUGUCGAUGCCGGCGCCACAAAUAUCGUGUCCAAAAAUAGCCCAGACUUUGCACGCAAUGGGGUGGAGGUGGAGUCCGAGUCCGUGGGUGGGGCGGCAGACGAUGACGACGCAGCCACGAGCGCCAAGCAGGCGCACAAACGUCAGCGAUUCGAUAGCGAUAGCGGCGAUUCGAGUUCAUUGAAACGAUUGCAUGCCCCCAAGCAGGAACCCCGUGAGGUCCUGCUGCGUAUCUAUGGCCAAACCCAUGGAGAUCAUGCGCUGGAGAGCAUGAUUACCGAAUCGGUUGUGUUUGCACUGCUCAGUGAGCGUAAUUUUGGACCCAAACUGCAUGGCAUCUUUCCCGGCGGACGCAUCGAGCAAUACUUACCGGCACGUGCCUUGGCCACAGCGGAGUUGGCCGAACAGCGUAUCCUACUGAAAGUGGCAGAGAAAAUGGGUGAAAUCCACAGCCUGAAUAUACCCAUGUCCAAGGAACCCGAUUGGAUCUGGAAUUGCAUGCAGCGUUGGGUGACCAGCUUCGAGAGCAUUGUCAAGGGCAAAAUCCAAUCGAAACCGGACUCCGCAGUGCUCCAGAAGCAAAGGGAACUGAUGCGCACCAUCGACUAUGUCCAGGAGAUAGCAUGGCUGAGAUCGGUGAUCGAGAGCGGGGAAUAUCCCGUGGUGUUCUGCCACAACGACCUGCAGGAGGGAAAUAUACUGUUGCGUCAGGCGACACCAGAGCGUACGCCUCGUGAAUCCAUCAGUAGCUUGAGAUCCAAUUUCGAUGAGACAUUGGGCGACAGUUUGGAUGGCAACAGCAAUCUGUCGGAGCCAGAAGUCAACAAAUCGCACAGCUCGUCCUCGUCCUGUCCCGAACUGUUGGACACCACCGAUGAUUCAGCCCUGGACACCAGCUUCACCAACGAUAAUGAGCCGGAUCUUAUUAUCAUUGACUUUGAGUACUGUGCCUAUAACUAUCGUGGCUACGAUCUGGCCAAUCACUUCAUCGAAUGGACCUUUGACUAUACCAAUCCGCAGUUCCCAUAUUUUCAUCACAAUACAAGCAACUAUGCCACCGCCCAGCAGAGACGCGAUUUCAUUGUGAAUUAUCUAAAGAAAUAUCACGAUGAUGAGAACUAUAAUCCCACGGUACAAGAGCUGGAGAAUGUGGACUCCGAGAUACAGUUCUUUACGAUGAUGUCGCAUCUGUUCUGGAGCCUGUGGUCGGUGAUUAAUGUGACAUCAGCCAUAGAGUUUGGUUAUUGGGAGUACGGCAUUGCUCGAAUUCUGGAAUAUCAAAAGCUAAAGGCCGCCUUUCUGGCCAAAUGAUUAGCCGUAUGGCAUUCUAAGGGCAAAACAGACACACACACACUGAUCAAGGAUCAAAUGCAUCAUAAUCAAUCUUCAAUAUUCACUUGUAUCGAAUCGAAAAACGUACUUAAGUGACCUUAAAGAAUUAGAAGACCCAGUCCCCCGCCCAAGGAAUGAAUUCGAGCAGAGACAUGGAGAAUGCCGGCGCUCUUGAAUGGAUUGAAUUGAAUAAAUUAUUUUUGUAUAGAACAAUUAGCGACUUAGAAUCGAUUAAUGCUGAGAGGAGAAAAAACGAGUCAGAAGAUACCAAUUAAAGCUGUGAUUAUUGCAUGAGACAGACGACGGAUAAAUACGACAACAAUUUUACUAGCAAUACUUUGAAGGCUGACCAAAAAAGGCCUCACAAAAAACAGAUUCGAUAGAAAGUAUUACAGGCAGCAUCUCUCCCCUAGGAUCCCUCUUGGAUCAAGCUUCUCCCCCCAAAGGCUCUACGAAAAAAACCUUCGAAUUUAUCACUUAUUCGAAUUUGUGUAAAGAGAAAAUUAUGAUUGUACUUUCGGAUCUAAGUAUUAUUUUGUAUUCUACUUAAUUCGUUCUGUUUCGGUUCUGUUCCCACGAUAGCCUGCCUGGUAUUCCGUUCAGCAGCCCCAGCAUAGACAGGCAAGACAAACAUGUGUUUUUAUGUACCUCCACCUAUCCUUACGCCCACAUAUUCCUUAAUAGAAUUUAGUCGUAAUAUAUUUAAUGUUUUUCAUAUUUUUUGCGCCUAUUUUUA